AUGGAAGAAUUGUCGAUCAAGCCUUCAGGUAUUUUUAUGCAGCAAGACUUCAUCACACCUGAGCAUGAACAACAGCUUGUGCACAUCUUUGAGAAUGAGUUAGAUUGGCCAAUUCGUCCAGGACGACUAUCACUACACUAUGGUUACACUUUCAGCUAUAAGACAUUCGGAAUCGAUGAGGAAACACCUUUUAAGCCCUUUCCGGAUUGGCUAGUGCCUCUACUACCCACCACUGAAGGCCGUCCACCUGAUCAAGUCUGUCUUCAACAGUACGCUCCGGGCACUGGGAUACCACCUCACGUCGACACCCAUGGCCCGUUCGAUCAACUAUACUCUUUGUCUCUUGGCUCACCACUUAUGAUGCAAUUUGCCAAUAAAGAGACUGGAGAAAAGAUCGAGGUAGACUUAUUACCGCGGAGCAUGAUGCAGAUGAGCGGCGACUCACGAUUACACUGGACCCAUGGCAUCAAAUCCCGCAAGACAGAUACUCUGCCUGAUGGUACUGUUAGGCUACGACAGCUUCGGUGGAGUUUCACAUAUCGAUGGCUUCGACCUGGUGCAGAAUGCGAAUGCGGCAACGUUAAACUCUGCGACACAGCACAGCGACGGAAUGGAGUCGAGAGGGAGUACCGAUGGAAACAGUACGAAGAAGACGCAAAGAAAACUGAAAGCCCAAAGGCCGUAUAG